AUGGGAGUUUAUAAUUUAUGGAAAUUAUUGGCGGCAGCAGGGAGGAAUGUAGAUAUAACAUCUUUAAGAGGUUUAAGAGUAGCUAUUGAUGUGAGCAUCUGGAUGAUUAAGUUAUUACAUGGAAUGUCUAAUGCAGGAGUUAAUUACGAGAAUGUUCAUUUAAUUGGCAUUUUAAAAAGAAUUAUGUUUAUUUUGGAAAAUGGUAUAAAGCCAAUAUUUGUAUUUGAUGGAUAACCACCUGAAUUGAAAAGAUAAACUUUAAUAAAGAGAGCUCAGUAAAGAUAGCAAUACAAUAUCAAUUUAUAAAAAUUAGCAGAAAAGUAUGUGGUAAAAUUAAUAGAAAAAGGCUAUGAUCUAACNCUAGGUAGUCUUUGGCUAGGUUUUGUAUUAGUAUUUAUUGGAAUGAUUGUUGGAGUGAAAUACGUAAUUAUAAAAUAAACUUAUUUAGUAUUAAGAUGGUUAUGAUACAAUUGCAUCAACAUGGUGGAUUGAAGUAGGAUUGACUAUUCUUGGUUUUCUUAAUUUAAUAAAAGCAUUUAGUAAUGAACCUUAGUCUAGUGAAGAUUAUUAAAGAUAAGUUUGA